AUUGAGGCAAAUAAAAUACUACAUUUUCGGCCAUGUCCGAUAAAAUGUUUGGAAUGUUGUUAGAUGCGACUUAUCGGCCAACUUCUUAGUGUAUCGGCCAUCACAAGUUUCAUAAAAAAAAAAUAUAACAAGAAAUUGGUAUCCUAAAUGACGCGGUAAUUGUUGCUAAUAUAGCCUACCAGGAAAGCAGCAAGAUGUGGAACGGCAACACGUUGCUCCUGCUCCUGGUGGCAGCUGCACAAACAUCGCCGAACGGCAGCAGCAGUGAACAUGUUCCUCCUCUACCUCUAAAUAUAAGCAAAAACACAACCACAUCUACAUCCACAACAAAUGAAACCACAACUAGCAAUAUUAACAAAGUGCCUACGUUCAUCACAACUGGCUCUGCUGUCAGCUAUAUGCCGCUCCAGCAGACACCAGCGAGUAUUUUCUUUGUCAACUACAAUCAGCAGAAUGUAGUGCAACUGAGGAGCAAUGUGGAGAGCAAUCUGCACAGUAUACGUAAAUUUGAGAUGCUUGUGGCGAAGAUACAGGAAAUCUUUGACUCCAUACACUUUGCAAGCUCUCUGGCCACGCGGCUAUCCGCUGGCAAUGUAAAUGAAAGCGUGCAGCAGGAUCUGCAAGCGUUUAGUCAGCGUUUGGGACGCAAAUUGCAAAGAGCCACUCAUGUGGUAUUGGAACUGCGUGAUUUAUUGCGUUUCAAUCUGAGCAAAGUGCUUGUUCAGCAGCACAGCUACGACGACGACGGGGACGAUGAGCUGGAAAACGAAUUUGACUUUGAGGCGGAGGAUGUGGAUAGCAGUAGAGCGUCCGCCAGUAAGGAGCAUAUGCAUCUCUAUUUAAAUACACAAGUCGCGAAUUGCCAGUCAGACUACGAGAACAAUGUGGAUGCAGCUUCCUCGGCCACUGUGCAUUACAACAAACAGCAGAUACAAAUCCUUAAUUAUCUCAAGUCAGAUGAAACAUCCCGUGUCACAUUCCUAAACGAGAACAAUGGACGAUCGCGUGAUGCUAAUGCUUAUAUAGCGGAUCAACUGAAUCUGUUGAGGCAACGUCUGAGCAAAAGCCAAAGUGACAUCGAACCCAACAGCAGCGUCAAUAACAAACCAAGCAGCAGCGUCAGUCAUUUUAAGCAUAUCUAUUUCCUAUCCAACAGCGAUGGAGCUCCAACUAGUGCACACUUUCGACAGCUUUAUGUUUCGGCCAUUAAACACAAGUUUGUGAUGCUUCUCAUCGAUAUUGGUUCAGCGAUGAAUGCGGAGCUCUUUGAGAUAACCAAGAACUUUGUUCAGGAGCUGCUUAUGCUACUGGAGGACACCGAUUAUGUAUCGUUAGUGACAGUUUCCAAUGAGGCUGACUUUAUGUCUUUGGAUGCAUUUCCCGCAGAUGCUGCACACGGCAUUUAUAGCGCCACUCGUGCUCAUAAGGACGAGAUACUUAACUAUGUGAAUAAUCUGAGCUUUGCACGUGCAUUGACCAAUCAUACGUUGGGCUUUGAGUACGCCUUUCAGAUGCUGCAUCGCCUUCAGGAAUCGCAGCUUAUAAACACUUCAGAGCAGCCCAUUGAGUUUGUUUAUGUAACACGCGGAUUACUCACAAAUCUAUCGGAUGCUAUGUAUGUGCUAGGUGUUUUGGCUGAGGGACAGAGUCGUCUGUCGUCGCCGGUUAUCAUUAACACCUGUGCCGUAGUGCUGGACGAGAAGCGUAUCAUGUAUGAAAAGCAAUUCCUAAGCGAUGUCGCAACACAGAACUAUACAAAGUUUGACAUCGAUGUGAGAUCUUGGCUACCGGCUGGGCAGGAGGAGCAGUUGGCUGGACGCUUCUUUGUGCUCAACAAGAUGCAUGCUGAAACAAUACCUCGGGCCAGCAGUCGUGUCUUUGGUCAGCUCUUUACCGAGCGUUUUCUCACGGACACACUGCAGGUGCAUCAGCCCGUUGUGGAUGCAGAGAGCGGGGACGUGCUCGUUUCCAUUACACACACAGUGCCGCCUUACGGUGUGGUGGGCGUCAAUUUGUACUUGGCUGAUUUGCUGGAGGAUCUGUUGAACUAUCCGAGUGCUUCGUCUGCGGCCAAGCAGGGUUUUAGUUACGCUUUUCUCUUGGAUCGCAGCAGCGGAAACACCUUGGCUCAUCCGGCUUUUCCACGGCCUCUUAUCCAGCGUGAAACUGCAUAUCCGGUAAAUAUCGCUUACCUGGAAAAUGCGACAGAUUUUGCCAGCAUUCGUCAUCGCUUGCUGCAUGAGGAGCGUGGAAAUGCCACAACUGCCGUCUAUCUUGGCCGUCAACAGCUGCAGCGCACCUAUCACUGGCAAUCCGUACUGGGCUUCUAUGUGCUGUGCCUGGUGAGCAGCUCUAGCAUCAGCGGCAGUGCCGCACACAAUGCCUCCGCCCAACAGCAGCGCUAUAAUCUAAUGGAUCCCGUGAGCAACUAUGAGCCAGGGUAUUAUGGCGAAGGCAUGGAUCUAUUAUAUCAUCGUUUGGAUCUGAUGCAGAGUGGCGGCAGCGGAGCGCCUACAGUGUGUCGCUACUUCAGGCAGCUAGCCACAAUGGAUGCUCCCACGCUAUUCCUCAGUGCUGCAGCCUUUGAGUCGCCCUUUGCCUUUCUGCAUAACAAUCGGCCGGAGUCGGAUGCCAUUAUGGGUUAUCUACGCGGUCCCAGUGGCGUGUUGGCUAAUCCCGGCCUGCGUCCACGCGUUCCACACGAGGUGGGCGUCUUGUAUCAGGCAAUGCUGCAGUUGCGACGACGUCAUCAGGAUGCAAGUGGACCGUUGCGUGGUCACAUCAUUAGACGCUAUAUAGCCAGUGUUAGUGGCGUGUUGCAAAUGUAUCCAGGCUGUCUGUUGAGCAACAGUUACGAUGCCACACGACGUCCCUGGUUCCGACAGGCGAUGGCACAGCCGGGCAGGAUUGUGAGCACGGCGCCGUAUUUGGACGCGGGAGGAGCUGGUUAUAUUGUCACCAUAGCGCACACAAUUUUCGAGGGAAAAGCGCAUGCAUUGCACUCGGCGCAGCAGGAUCGUCCAGUGGCUGUGGUCGCUCUUGAUGUCCCCUACGCCUUUUACUAUCGACUCAUAUUGGACAGUACUCCGUUGUGCCAGCUGCCGCACAUGAAGUGCCUGCUGUUUGAUCACGAAGGCUAUUUGUUGGCCCAUCCCAGCAUGAUGCAAGUGUCCACGCCCACACGCAAUCAACGCCGGCCGCAUGAGCAUUUGACUCACAAGGAAUCGUAUCUGGCCAACGAUAUGCUGAAUCAUGGUCAAUUGGUGCGUAAACUUGGCUGUGCCAGCUACCAGAAUCGCACCCUGCAACGCUACUACGCCUUCAACACCUCAUUGUCCAGUAUCUUGAGCAAUGUAGUGCAUGGAGAGCGCACCAAGUAUGCGAUUGCCUUGAUACGGGGCAGCAAUCUGUUUGCCGCCGUGCUCAACUCCAGCUGCGAUGGCGGUGCCUUCUGUCCCUGCAGCACCAUCGAUCGCGUUUGCCUCAACUGCAAGCGCAUGGAUCAGACGGACUGCGAGUGUCCCUGCGAGUGCCCCAUGUUGUCGAACGUUGCUGCCAGCGAUGCGGAUAACUAUGCCAACUACACGCAACAGUUUCCCUAUUGCUCUCCACCCAGCGAGCAUUUCCUGGCGCUUCCUCCGACCAGUCAGCUGUUGAGUGUGCUGCCAAGCUGUAUCAUUGCCGGUGGCGGUGGCAGUGGCAGCUGUGAGACGCAUGCCACACAGCGGGAAUGCCUUGGGAUGAUGGGCUGCGAGUGGUGCCAACAGGAUGUGGAGGGCAAUAGCUUUGGUGCUGCCUUCUGCUCGACCCAGGCGGGAUGUUUCAAUGGUGUGCUGGCAUCAUUGACGCCCUACGGCGAAUUGGACGAAUUGGAAAUGCUGGCCGCGCAUAAUCCACAGCGGGAGCAGCAUGCCUACUCCGCCUUUGGACCACUCGGUGGCGCUAUCGUUGUGCUGGCCAUGGUCAUUGGCUUUGCCAUUUAUUGCUAUCGCCACAAUUUGGACAAUCAGGCGCAGGAACAGUUCUAUGUGGAUUCGGUGCAGGAGGAGAACUAUGGUCUGCCAUUGUCACGUUUCAAUUUUGAUGAUUGCCAGGCGCAUGAUGAGCCGCCAAUGGGAGGAUAUGAUCACACCGCUGCCCAGCGUCAGCUUAUGCAUGCGGCGGAUAUAUCUCCAUACCACAUGUCCAGCGGGAGCAGCUAUUAUCGUAGGCCACCGAAUGGCGAGUCGGAUCAUGGCUAUAGCACGAUGACUCCCCAUGAGGAUAGCUCCGAUCAGCAAUGCUUUACGCUGGCGGAACCACUUUUGCUGCACGACAAGCGGCACAGCAAAUCGGACACCAUGUCCAUAUCCACAUCCAUAUCGAGUCCCACGAAUCGACAACAAACCAAUACGCAUCCGUAUUUAAGCAAUCCCCCCGUGUCCAAAACAGAGCGCUACAAGCAACAGCAGCAAGCGACACCAUCGCCAUGUCGUGGUCCAGGUGCAGGUGCAGUUUAUGGACAGACUACGCUGCCUCUGGAUGCUGAGGAGCCACGUUCUCACUACAUCCUGGCGCCGGUGACUGUUCACAGGCAUAUGGAAACCGCCGAGUCGUAGUCCCAGUUAGUUUGUUAAGUUUCCUUAUCCUUAAGACGUCCGCUUGUUUGCCAAUUUGUGUAUUUUGUACUAGAAUUCAUGCGGGUGGUUCAACUGCCCCCCCCAUUGCAUUGGUUUGGGCAGCAUUGUAUUUUCACAGUGCAUGUCAAACCUUUAAGCAUUCAAACAAUUCACACGUACACAACAAAAUGCCAGCCAAUAUUUAAUAUUUAAGUCGUUUAUAUCGUUAAUUACUCUGCCAUUUUAUUAUUCGUCGUACACACAGUUUAUUGUGUACUGUAAUUUAUUAGAAAAACAAAAAGUAUUAUUAUUAUGCAGAUACUUCCAAUAUUUUUAGCAUUUAUCGACUAUUUGUUAAGCACGAAAACAACUAAUUGUACUUAUUAUCAAGUAACAUUAUGACACGAAACAACAGUAUACUUUUUUGGUAAUAGCUAUUAAGUCAAUACAGUUACUAACUUUCGAUUUUAGUAAAAUAAAGCAUAACUUGUACUAUGUUUCCAAUAAAAUGUUUAAUCAAAUUGAAA